AUGGUACAUGUCCCUAAAGAAAAACGCAAGAAAUGGGACAAGAAAGCGAAGAAGAUGUUCCUAGUUGGGUAUUCUGAGAGUAUCAAGGGCUAUCGUUUAUAUGAUCCAGAAGCACGAGAUGUUAUUACAGCCAGAGAUGUCGUGGUCAUGGAGAACACAGAUGACAGCUCCGCGACAACCAUCACUAUUGAUGAGAGCAGACCACCCAAAGAAGCAGAAGAGGAACACGACUCUGUUAGUGAGGAACAGGAUACCAGUGACAACCCGAUGGAUGAGACAUUCAUACCGAAUGAAUCUUCUAAUGACACUGAUGAUAGUUACUGUGAUACUUUAUCGCCAGAUGACCUGGAUGUCCUCCCCACGCAAAUGUGA